AUUAUUUCAGCAGCCGCCAAGAACAGCACACCCUCUCCAAUGUUUUUUGCGCCGUCAACACUCACACGAGAGAGAGAGAGAGAGAGAGAGAGAGAGAGAGACGCGAGGAAUCAACAUUAUCUGCCUCCGCUGCUGCGUUGAUCUGGUUCUCAGCGAGUCAAGGUUUCCUUGAUGGGGAAUCGUUCUCGUCAAAGAGCAGCUAAGGAAAGCAUGAAAUCGAUCAAUGAGGAAGCAGUGAGUCCUAGUAGACAAGCACAACCGAGCAGAUUUUUCCAAUUGAAUCGUCCAGAUGGAAAAUUGGGAGAACCGUGCCUUGACAAGAUCCCAAAUUUCCACUGCAACAGUUUACCUUCAAGAUAUCGCGAGGCAAACCUAGAAGAUAGUGUCAUGCACAAGCGAGGCUCUAUGUAUCAGAGCUCCAGUGAGGUUAGCAGACUCAGGAAUCUCCAAGAGGGGAGGAGGAAAAUAAGUUCUUUACACAACAGAAACACAUUUUCGUCCUUUGAGGUUAUCAAUUCGUCCUCUCAGCCUAGCACAAGUGGAGCUUGCUUCUUUCCGCAGCAGAUUCAUUCAUCCGAGAUAAGGUCUUCUGUGGGGACAAAUCAUAAGUUUCGUCAAGCUUCGAGGGAGCUUCUGAACCUUUCACUCCGUGAGAUUCCUGAGGAUGACUCAACGUUUGAGAAGCCACGCAGGGACUGCAAUUUGUUGAAAGGUGAUGUAAUAGACAGUUUCCUGGAGAUAUCACUUGAGGAAGAUACCACCGAAGGUGCAUGCACAAAUGCAGCCCCACACUUGCUAGAAGGCAGUUGUAGUAAAGUUACAAGAUCAAAUUGCCAACAUUCAGUUAGUUUUUGUCCUGAUAAAAGAGAUGUAUGUAAUCUGCCCAAGUCCUUUUCCACGAAGGUUGGUGUUUUUGAUGCUACAUGUCCAUCAGAAUGUGUUAGUGGCGUUGAUGGCAACAAAAAGGUUCGAUCUAGUCCGUUCAAGAAAAUUAUUGAUCCUAUCAUGAAGUCGAGGUCUCAAAGGAACCCUUCUCUGAUGGAAAUGGAAGAUGCAAAAUCUAGUAGUACGCCAUUUGGAGGAAAAAGUAGAGUAUCACGCAAAUCUUUGUUAAGUGAUAUCUCAAGGACUGAGCAAAGUCUUGCAGCUGAUUGCCAGACAUGUGCAGAAGCCCAGCAUUUAACGGUUACUUCAUCGCCAACUCAUCUUCAUGCCGUUAUUAAAUUGAAUCCCAGUAAUGGUGCUUUUGGCUUUGAGUUUUGUACCAAGGGUCCAGAAGAAUCGAUUUAUGCAAACACUUGGAAAGCUGGGAAUGAACUGAAUUGGAUUUACACUUUCCAUAGCAUUGGCAAGCGAGCAAGCAGUGUGGGAAGGUCCUCCAACUCCAAGGAUAGGCGUGGGUGUCUACCUCCAAUUGUAGGCCAGAUGCAUGUGUCUUCCUAUUUGUACUCUAAUGUUGGAGAAGAUGGUACUUUGAAUAACUCAGCUAUCAGCGAGUUUGUUUUGUAUGACAUUGCUCAUGCAAGACGGAGUUCUGCUGUUGAGAGAAUUCAGUGUACAGAUGCCAUUCAACCAUCGUUCUGCAAUGUUAUCAACAAAUCAGUCUCUGGGGAUACCCGAGAGAGAAAUAAUCUGAUGCGGCAACAAAAUACUGUGAGGAAUAACUCAGAUGUAUCAACAUCUUGUCUUUGGUCCCGAGAAGAUCUUCAUCCUCAUUUGGAGGUUGCGGCCAUUGUAAUCCAGGUGCCAUUUCAUAAAACAAAGUCCAAAGAAUUGAAAGCUGGCUCGUCACCUGGUACCAUCAAAGCGGUCACAGCAGGUGGGGCACAUGGGUUACCGAGGGAUGAUGAGGCCAGCCCAUCACCAUUACUUGACCGUCUGAAGUCUGGUGGAGCUUGUGAUUGUGGUGGAUGGGACAUGUCUUGCCCAAUUGUUGUCCUUGACAAUGCAUAUGAUAGUUACUGGGUUAAUUCUGUGAUGAAUGAAAGCAAACAUCCUAUGGAGCUAUUUGCUCAGGGUAACAAAGAAGUUCUUCCUGCCCUUUUGAUGAAGGCAGAUGGGAAUGGACAUUUCAAAGUGGAUUUCCAUGCACGAUUAUCGGCACUGCAGGCCUUUUCAAUCUGCAUUUCUUUGCUUCACUGUUCUGAAGCUUCUUCCGACAUUGGUAUCGAGAAGUUCAAGAACAAGCUAUACUCCAGCUCGCUGAAGAUGCUUCUCAAGGAGGAAGUGAGGCAGAUAAUUGAUUCAGUCACAACCAAAGAGAAGAAGAAACCAAAGAGGAGGAAAGAGAAAACACCUCCAUCUAUCGUCGUUGACCCUCCCUUUUCUCCGAUGGGAAGAGUAUAGGAUGUGAAUAAGCAGAGCGAUAAGUCAAACUCUUGGGAGUAAAAACAUAGAAAACCAGGAUCUUCUCAUCAUGUACAACCUUGUUGACCAAGUAUUAGUUUUGACCAUGUUCAUUUUUUCUGUGAGAUCAAAAGGAAAAUAAUCCUGUUCAUAAGGAUUGUGGAAGCUGGUAGGUUAUAGGAGUAGAAGAAAUCAAGGAAGGACAUGAAUUGUUGCUGCAUAAAUAAACUAUAUUGUGGCCAUUUUUCCUAUAUGGCUAUAUCUAACAUCACUCUGAA